CCCUCUUCUGUCAUCUUCUCCGUUGCCUCCAAAAGCGUUGCCCUAGUUUUCUCAAUUCAAACCUUCCUCUCAAAUUCGGCUUCAUCUCUCUCUUUCUCAAUCUCUCUGAGUUUUUAUUUCACCUGUUACAGACACGCAGAAUGGGGAAAAAGAAACCAAAGGAUCCAGAAACCGCCUCCAAAAGCGACGGCGUUUCUCCUCCGACUGACAUUUUCAAGUCCCUCUUCGGAGACUCCAUUGCUACAAACGGCUCCGUUUCAAUCUUCUCUGACGAUAACCCAUUCCUGAGAAAGCCCCAAGACCGAGCUUUAGGGGCUUCGGGAAACCCUAUCGAUGGCGCUUCCCAAAGCAUGGAUAUUGCUGAGCUGAAGAAGAGGAAGAGAAACAAGGAGGAGAGGCCAAAUGUUGGGGUGGAAGUUAUUGGUGAUGCUUCGGAGACCCCAUUGCAGGCCAAGAUAUCGAAGAAAGAAAAAUUGCAGAGCUCUGACUUGGGGGAAACCUCCAGUUUGGGUGGGGACGAUGAAGGUGUGGUGAUGAAGAAGAAAAAGAAGAGAAAGAGAGAUGAGCUGGAAAAGGAAUACGAGGCGAGAAAGUUUGGGGUGGGAGUUGAUAAUGAGGUGGGUGGAGCUAAACGCCUUGGUGGAAAAGUUGGGGAGAAGAGAAAGAGUGUGGAUAACCCGGCGGACAUGCUGGUCUCGAAAGAAGGUUUCGAUGAUGAGAGUAAACUUUUGAGAACUGUGUUUGUUGGAAAUUUGCCAUUGACUGUGAAGAAGAAGGCUUUGAUUAAGGAAUUCACUAAAUUUGGGGAGGUGGAUUCUGUGAGAAUUCGUUCUGUGCCAAUCACGGAUACCAAGAAGCCAAGAAAGGGGGCAGUGAUUACGAAACAAUUUCAUGAAGCUGCUGACAGCAUUCAUGCGUAUGUUGUUUUCAAGACAGAGCAAUCUGCACAAUCUUCUUUGUCUCAUAAUAUGGCUCUGGUUGGAGGACAUCACAUCCGAGUUGACAGGGCAUGCCCUCCUCGCAAGAAGAUGAAGGGGGAUGAGAUUUCUCAUUUUGAUCAUAAGAGAACGGUUUUUGUGGGUAAUCUACCAUUUGAUGUAAAGGAUGAAGAAGUUUACGAAGUGUUUUGUGGUAUCAAUGAUAUGGGAUCCAGUGUCGAAGGCGUUCGUAUAAUCAGAGAUCCCAAUAAUAAUCUUGGAAAGGGUUUUGCUUACGUCUUGUUUAAAACAAAAGAAGCUGCAGCUGCAGUUGUUAGGAAACGAAAUUUGAAGCUUCGGGAUCGGGAGCUAAGGCUAUUUCAUGCGAAACCAGAUUCUGCUACCCCGUCCAAGAGAAGGAACCCAACACCUGUAGAUAAAACUAGUUCCCCAACCAAGAAGUUUCAGGGUUCUGGGACUGCAGAUGAUAGUAAGAAGGUAUUUUCAAAUGCUUCUAUGUCGUACCAGGGUCUGCGUUCUAGCAAAACUGGUGUUGAAAAGAAAGUAGCAGAAGCCAGAAGGCCAGAGAAGCUCAUCUCAACAACUAAGAAAGUAGUGGUUGAACGUAGUCGUAAAGAUAAAAGACCAGCAGUUGCAGCCAGAAAGGCGAAAGCAAAGGCAACAUACGACAGAGGUGCUUCAAAACAAGGAGGAAUGAAACGUAAGAUGGACAGCCGGACACCAGAUAGUUUCCACAAGAAUAAGAAAGCAAAGAAAUUUAGGUAGGAUACUUGGUUAUAAAAUUAGAGUUUAAAGAUUCUGAUUCUAUGCUCUGCAGCUAAAAUGAGGUCAGUUAUGUCUUGUAUUUUAUCAACUAAGCAAUUUGUCAAAAAAAUUCUUAUGAAAGAAAGUCGGUUUUCGUUUCUUCAGUUAAAUACCAAUUUUUUAUGUAGUCCACUGUUUUUAGGAGACGGACGAGACCAAUCAGUUGUGGUAUUGAGUUCAAUUGUUCGAUUUUUAGAGGGCUAGACUUCUUUUUGCACCUAUAAGUAUACUCUGUGAAAGGAAAAUUUUAUCAAGGUACGGUGACAUUAGUAGAUA